UCCUGUGAUAAAAAAUGGUGGUCACAGCUCGGGGAGGCGACUGAGUCGUUGCAAAAAUUAACGGCAAACUUUGCAGCCGCGGAGCCGGCGGCCGGGGGUCGGUGGUCGGCGGCCGGGGGCGGGGGAGAGAGCGGCGCUUCACCCGGGGGGAAAGGGUCCGUGUUCCCGCCGCGUCUGUGCACAAGAGGCUUGUGAAGUGGACGAAUCGCUGGAUUCCCGCCAACAUGGUUCCACCAUGAGCGAGCAGCCGUCGGACCUCUGGUUCUGUGAGGAGUGUCAGGACUACUUCCAGGAGGAGUGUCCGUCCCACGGGCCCCCUCUGUUUGUCCCCGACACGCCCGCGGCCCCGGGGUCAGCCAACAGGGCGGCGCUCACAGUCCCGUCAGGCCUGGAGGUCUUCACUGUGGGGGACGAGGUGGAUGUUCGCUGCGUGGAUGCAACCAUCCCGAGGGGGGCAGUGUUCGGUCCGUACGAGGGAGAGCUGGUGUCCAAAGACAAAUCCUCCGGCUUCUUCUCCUGGAUAAUUGUAGAUUUGAACAACGCGUAUCAGUCCAUCGAUGGCAGUGAUGAGACCAAAGCAAACUGGAUGAGGUUCGUCCGGACCUCGUCGGAGGACAGUGACAGGAACCUGACGGCGUUUCAACGCGGUAAGAACAUCUACUUCAGAGUUUGUCGGAGGCUGGAGGCAGGAGAGAAGCUGAGGGUUUGGUACAGCGACGACUACAUCCAACGACUCCACUGUGUUUCCCAGGAGAGCAUCGACCGCAACCUGGACACAGACACAGGGAAGCCAGCAGUCCUGCCCAACACUCAGAAGGACUUUAAGUCUCCCUGCCUGCAGUCGGCUCUGCAGGGCAAACUCUGCUCCAGUAAACAACCCAAUGAAGAGUCUGAUGGUCAGCCUCCUGCCAAGAGGAAGAAGAUCGACCUCAUCUUCAGAGACGUCCUAGAGGCUUCUCUAGAGGACUCCAGCAAGUCCAGGUUCCAGUCUUCCCUCCCCAGUGAGUGCAAAGUACCAGUGCUCGGGUCGGGGUUGAACUCAUCUGAGUGCAGCUUCAACGUUCCUAACCUGAAGGUGGAAGAGAAAGAGGAGGAGAAACAGGAACCCUCCACCUCCUUCUGCCCCAACUGUGUCAAACUAAAGAGGAGGAUCCUGGAGCUGGAGGAAGAGCUGUCCCGUCUCAGAAGAGAACAGGGGAACGUGGUCGGUCCAUCGAUGUCUGAGCAAACCCUGUCCCAACACGAUCAGGUCCCACCGCACCCUGAGCAAGGACCCAUCGAAGAUUUUCAAGGGAUGGAGCCUUUGACGCCCACUCAGGUGGUCCUGGAUGAAGACGACCAGGACGUGGACUCGGCUGACGAGUCGAUUGCUGCAGAUCUUGUGAUUUCUCCGGAGGACUCCUCAAAGCUCUCCUCUGGAGGAGGCAGACGGAUUCGUCGCUUCAAGCAGGAGUGGCUGAAAAAGUUCUGGUUCCUUCGCUACUCGCCGACCCUGAACGAGAUGUGGUGCCACGUCUGCCGCCAGUACACAGUCCAGUCGUCCCGAACCUCUGCCUUCAUCAUCGGCUCCAAGCAGUUCAAAAUCCACACCAUCAAGCUCCACAGCCAGAGCAACCUCCACAAGAAGUGUUUGCAGCUGUAUAAGUUGCGCAUGCAUCCAGAGAAGACCGAGGAGAUGUGCAAGAACAUGAUGCUGCUGUUCAAUGCAGCGUACCACCUGGCGCUGGAGGGACGGCCCUUCUCUGACCUCCGUCCACUGGCAGAGCUGCUGAAGAAAUGUGAGCUCAAAGUGGUGGAUCAGUACAUGAAUGAAGGAGACUGUCAGAUCCUCAUCCACCACAUCUCCCGGGCUUUGAAAGAAGACCUGGCCGAGAAGAUGCGCCUGUCUCCGUUUCUAAGCAUCAUCAUGGACGCCCAAAAUGACGACCUGUUCUCAGACAUGGUGGCAGUCUAUGUCCAGUUCAUUACCAAUGAGGGUUCACCUAACACAGAGUUCCUCUCCCUGCAGAGACUGAGCAUGGUCAGUGUGGAUGGAUAUCUCCAGGCUAUGGACCGAGCCUUUGGCGUCCUGGGCCUCAGGUUUCAGGACUUGCUGGUGGUUGGUCUUGGGGUGGACGGUACUAACAUCUCUUCAGGAAUGAGAGCUAAUAUGUACAUAGCUGUGCAAAAAACAUUUCCAUGGAUCCUCUGCCUUCCCAUCAUGAUCCAUCGGCCUCAUCUGGAGGUGCUGGACGCCAUCAGUGGGAAGGAGCUCUCCUGCCUGGAGGACCUGGAGAACAACCUCAAACAGCUCCUCAGUUUCUACCGCUACUCCCCUCGCAUGAUGGCCGAGCUCCGAUCAACUGCCCCGACUCUGUCAGAGGAGACGGAGUUCCUCGGAGACAUCAGAGCCAUUCGAUGGAUCAUAGGAGAACCAAACGUCCUUAAUGCCCUCAUCAAAGAUUACUUGGAGGUGGUUGCCCAUCUGAAGGAGAUCAGCAGCCAGACACAGAGAGCUGACGCUGCUGCCAUCGCUCUCACGCUCCUCCAGUUCCUCAUGGACUAUCAGUCAGUAAAGCUUAUCUACUUCCUCCUGGAUAUUAUAGCUGUCCUCUCACGAUUAGCCUUCACCUUCCAGGGGGAGUACCUGCUGGUGUCACAGGUGGAAGCCAAGAUUGAGGAGGCCAUUCAGGAGAUAGGCCAGUUGGUGAACUGCCCUGGAGAAUAUCUGCAGGAGUUUGAGGAAAAUUUCCGCGAAAGUUUCAACGGCGUUGCUCUGAAGAAUCUGCGGGUUGCCGAGUCCAAGUUUCAGUCCAUCCGAGAAAAGAUCUGCAACAGGAGCCAAGGCAUCCUGUCCCAGAGGCUGGACCUGCAAAGUCGCUCGUUUGCCAAAGCCUGCAAGGUCCUGGACCUGUCCACCUGGCCUCACAACCGGGAGGACCUUCAAGCCUACGGGGAGGAGGAAAUCCAGCUGAUAUUCAACCAUCUGGAGUCCGUUCCUUCUGCGGGUCAGGAGAGCUCUCAUGCCAGGACGGAGGCCAGAGGCUGCCUGGUGGUGGAAUGGAAAGACCUAAAAGCUGACUACUACAGCAUGAACGGUUUCAAAGAGGUCAUCAGUCACAUCUGCAGGUACAAGCAGCGUUUUCCUCUGCUGAACCGCAUCGUGCAGGUCGUCAGGGUCCUGCCCAGCUCCACAGCCUGCUGCGAUAAAGGCAGAGGGUCUCUACAGAAGAUGUGCAAGAACAAUCGUUCCCGGCUGACCCUGGAGCAGAUGAACGACCUGCUGACCGUGGCCGUGAACGGACCGCCCAUCACUAACUUCGAUGGGAAGCGAGCUUUGGACAGCUGGUUUGAGGAGAAGUCCGGCAGCAGUUACUCUCUGUCCACUGAGGUGUUGAACAGGAUGUCAGCUGCUGACCAGAAGUCGGUUUUGCACAGCGUCGAUGUCAACACAGAGUUUUACCCCGACAUGUAACAGCCAUACCCAGUGGUGUAGCACUGUAGUACCACAGCGCACUACGUUAAUACUAAUGACGUGAGGCAGCAUCGCUCCUCAGCACCAAUAAGUCUCAGCCAGGGGUACCUGAACCUGGAGGAGUGGGUAUUAUGAUUGAAUAAUACAGAGUAUACGCCACUGGUCAAAAGUUUUUAGAACAACUACAUUUUUCCAGCUGUUAUUUAAAUUUACAUAAUUCAAUGUCUCUGUGUUUCUGAAAUCAAAGCAGAAAACAAAUAACCAACUGGAGAUUUUAAAUUUUCCUUGAUGGAAUCAGUUCAGUUUUAUUUUAUUCGUAUAGGUGCCAAAUCACAACAUACAUUAAUAUACAUUAUUAUAGAGCUGAACACACUAACAAAGCUUUGUUCAGAGUUCCUCCCAACACUGUUACACAAGUUUGCUCCUACCUUCUGUCCACUUCAUCCCUUUUCUUUUUUACCCUGGGCAGUUUACUGCUCAUCUGUCGAUUUUCACUGAAGUUUCAAUAAUUUAAAUAAAACCUGGAAAAAUGUAAAUGUUGUAAAAGUUUUAACUGGUAGUGUUUAUCAUCACAUCUGUGUUUAGGAGGGAAAUUACAAAUGUGUGUGAUUCUGAUCUGUAGCCUAGUGAUUCACCUGUUGUAGUCACCUGAGCUUACCGUGAUGGGCUGACUGUGCUCCCAGUUUUUAAUGGCUGAAACCAUUCCUAGUGUCUUUGUCUAUAAACCCGUUUCUCUGACUCGUACAAACUUGAACAAAAGUACGAACAAAGUUUGGGAACCACUGCUCUACACCACUGAGCAAGGCUUGGGGAAAAAUCCCCGUUCAGAUGGAUGGAUGAAUUGCAGAACAGGUCCAGUAGACACAGCUCCAGGGGCCCAAAGGCUCAGGAGGCCCCUGGGCUUCACCUGCAAAAAAGAAAACUUACACAAAACAACUUAAGAGACACAAAAGACACAGAAAACAACCACAAAGAGACGCAAAGUGACCACAAACGACGCAGCGUUGUUGUUUGUGCUCGUGUUUCUUUCACCUGUCUUUGUCCCACCAUCUCAUAAUCCGUCCACGUUCAGCUGGACAUGAGGCUGAACUGGGACUGACUGGUGAGAGCUGUCAAACCGAGGGCUGCAGAGUGGCCCCUACAUUUGUUGUAUAUUAUAAUCAAGCGCUUGUUGCCAGAAUCACAGUCAAUUCUACAUCAGGAACAAUCAGUUAGUGUCAAACUAAAUGUCUGUGCUAUUGAGCCGCUCUCUGCUUUAGCUUAUUUGCCAGUGGGAUAUUCAGUCAUGUAGUGCCUGACAGCAGAAAUGAAAAGCUUGAGUGUAAGGAUGUAUAAAGGCUUUAUAUUUCUGUUAGAAAUGCAAACAGCCCUGCUUCACACUGUAUAUAUUGUACACACUGUAUAUAUUGUGAAUGCUUUUCAGCCUGUUUUUAAGGAGAGUAUUUUUCUCUUGAAUUUGAUGAUUGUGCCAUAACGAUCGAAUGCAAGAACCGAGUAGAAAAAGGUGCUAUCCUGCUAUGCCAUAACGUCAUCGGCCAUAUUUGUUUAGAUGUUUACUGCAGCAGAUGAUAUAUUUGAAAUCUGUUUUUUUAACCGAUGCAGCUGCUUUGUGUUUGGAUGUUUUCUCUUGCACUGUAACUUCAGUCUUAACCAAAGCUCUGGCUUGAAAUAUUUCAGAUAAGUUUUAAAAAGUGCAUGAUGAUGUUCAGCUGUUGCUUUUAGCACUUAAGUAGUAUUUCAGAAUUAUUAUUAAGAUGUCUGUAUUCAAGGCUGAACUAAAUGUAAGAUACUGGGAGACCGGCAGAGGUUUCACUUUGUUUUCUGUUUUUUUUCUUGGUAAAAUUUGUUUUGUUUCCUGAAUUUAAAGGAAGAGUUUGACAUUUUUCGGAAAAGUAUUUGUGGGGUUUCUUGCUGUGAUUUAGUCGAUAUCAGUCUCAUGUCUGUGUAUUGAUUUCACAUCUAAUGAAUUUAAUUUCACCUGACAUUUCUAGGCCACCGUCACAGGCAGUUACGUGCAUCCAAAUCCAGCGUUACGGCUUCUACAACCCAUUCAGCUGAUUUCAAAGAGACUAAAUCUAGUUUCUAUCUGGUUUCACUUGUUAACAAGCGGCUCCAAACACAUAACACAGCAUGAACAGCUCAUUGAGGCUGUUAAAAUGGGGUCAGUGCUGCUUCCACACAGUGUCAGGAACAGGAAGAAAUGCUGUUAUUCUGACUGGGAGUGUGGACACUUUAUUCCAGGUGCUAGCGUUGAUGCUAAUCUGAGUCCCAGCAGAUAAACAGGAUAAAUGAGCUUCUUCUUCUUCUUCUUCUGUGAGUUUGUAGCAGUUUGUCACCAAGUGAAACCAGAUCCAAACAAACAGUGAACAGCUGAGUUGAUCAUGUCAGAGUUAAUGUUGGGUUUUAUUUUGGCGCCUCAGCAGCAGCUGUGCUAACAGUCUGUUGAGUCACCAUCUCUGACUCUGAGUCACAGGUUUGAGGCCGACGUUAACGCUUCUAACCACCUGGUUGUUUGUAAUUAUGUCUUAGAAAUGGUUGUUUUCUUCCUGCUCUUCCUUCCACUCUGCCGACUUGAGUGCAGAGCAAGAGCAGAGAGAAGCAGGAUUAGCUUAGCUUAGCAUAAAGACUAAGGAAACAGCUAGCAUGGCUCUUUCCAAAGUUAAAAACUCCACCUUCCAGAAACAAAAGAAGUCGUUCUCGUUCUCGUUCUCGUUCUCGUUCUCGUUCUCGUUCUCGUUUGGUUCGACCACAAAUAGAAACAUCAAAGCAGCAGUUGGAGGUUUUACAGGCAGGUACAUGCUGGAGGCCACCCUGCUUCUGGUCUUCAUGCUAAGCUAAGCUAAGCUAAGCUAAUCGCCUCCACUUCCGGGAAAGUAUGAGAAUAAGUUUAUGUUACAAAAUAUUCCCCAAAAUGUCAAACUACUUCCUGAUUUUAGCUGUAUGUUAGCUCAGAGCUAUUUAAUCCUCUUCCUUUCAUAUCACUGAAAGAUAAAACCUGUCUGCCUUUGUUUUAUGAACAUAUUGUGCAUGUGUGAAUCGUAUGCAUGCAGUUAUUAAUGUUGACACCUGACCUGAGCUGGGUGAGUCAGUGUUUUAGCACCGCGCUCGUCGCAGCUUAAACACACUUCGAUUUUUACUGCUGCAGUUUCAAUCCAAAAACAUUUGACUUAUGAAUGCCAAUAUUUUGUGCUAUGCCUUAUACUGUGUGUGUGUGUGUGUGUGUGGUGUGUGUGUGUGUGUGUGUGUGUGUGUGUCUUUGUAUACCGACGUUUGGCUGAUUGUAACCUGACUGCAGAGCUGCAGGGCGUUGAAGUUGUUCAUGUUUGUUGCUGAACUGUGAGAUUUUUCACAGAGGAGCCAAAAAGAAAUGUGUCACUUGAUUUCUCUGUUUGCUGUUUUCUUCUUUCUGUUUCAGAUGCUUUAAAAAUACAUUUAAAUGUUUAUAUCUGAA